GGCGGGGCAGACGCUUGGGUUUGACGCUGUCACACGCUGCUCUCAGGAUGAGCCGCAGUGGCUGGAAAUGGGUGUCUGCGCUCCGCUUCUUGCUACCUACGGGCUCCCUAACAGUUCUGUCCUUGGGCACCAAGAGGCAUCUUUCCACAACUGAGUUCAUACCUCGGAUAUGUAUCGUGGGCAGUGGGCCUGCUGGAUUCUACACAGCACAGCACCUGCUGAAGCAUCACAAACUGGCUCAGGUGGAUAUUUAUGAGAAGUUGCCGGUUCCUUUUGGCCUGGUUCGUUUUGGAGUCGCUCCAGAUCACCCGGAAGUCAAGAAUGUGAUCAACGCAUUUACUCAGACAGCACGCUCUGAUCGCUGUACCUAUUCUGGGAAUGUGACCGUGGGGAAGGAUGUCACUGUGAAGGAGCUGCAGAACGCGUAUCACGCAGUGGUCUUGAGCUAUGGAGCCGAGGACAAUCGGACCCUUGGAAUUCCAGGGGAGGAUCUUGCAGGAGUUUAUACAGCAAGAGCGUUUGUGGGAUGGUACAACGGCCUGCCUGAGAACAGAGAUCUGAAACCAGACCUAAGCCACGAGACGGCUGUCAUCCUGGGACAUGGAAACGUGGCACUAGAUGUUGCACGGAUUCUCUUAUCACCUCUUGAAAUUCUUAGGAAAACCGACAUCACUGAAGAUGCGCUCACGGCUUUGUCCCGCAGCAAAGUGAGGCGGGUGUGCCUUAUAGGGAGGAGGGGUCCCCUCCAGGCAGCUUUCACCAUAAAGGAGCUGCGGGAGAUGAUCAACCUGCCCAAUGCUCGGCCUCAGCUCGACCCUGCAGACUUCCAAGGCCUUCGGGAUGCUGUCAAAGACCUCCCCAGGCCUAGGAAACGGCUGACUGAGCUGCUGGCCAAGACAGCCUUGGAAGAACCCGGGGAGGAGGUGGCCAACCGUUGGGUUUCGGCAUCCCGAGAGUGGAGCCUGAAGUUCUUCCGCAGCCCGCAAGAAGCGUUGCCCACCGCUGAUGGAAAACAGGCCAGAGCGAUCCGCCUGGCAGUCACCAGGUUGGAAGGUUCGGGAGAUGCUGCCAAGGCAGUUCCCACCGGAGAAGUGGAGGAACUGACGUGUGGGUUGAUUCUCAGCAGCAUUGGUUACAAGAGCCUUCUGAUUGACCCUUCUGUACCCUUUGACUCCAGGCAAGGCGUUGUCCCCAACAAUUUGGGCAGAGUUCUUGGGGCACCAGGGCUCUACUGCAGCGGCUGGGUAAAGAGAGGGCCCACAGGUGUAAUCAUCAGCACGAUGAAUGAUAGCUUCGAAACAGCCCAGUCUGUGCUGGAGGAUCUGCAGUCUGGUGGACAGGCCCGUGCAGGAGCCAAGGAAGGCUUGGACCUAGUGAAGAGCAUCCUUCAGUCCCGAGGGAUCCGUCCAGUUUCCUUUUCGGAUUGGGAGAAGAUCGAUGCCGCUGAAGUGUCAAGAGGCAAGCUGGUUGGGAAGCCUCGGGAGAAGAUAGCAAAUCUGCAGGAAAUGCUUAAAUUGAUUGGCCACUGAGACGGGCGUUCGCCUUGUGAGAACUAGCCAAGAAUUACCUACGCUGUGACCCUGCACCUCUCAGUCUGCAGAAGAUUGUGCAGCCAUUGUUCACAAUGUGGUGGAAGUGGUGAGAAGACAGUGCAGGUUGGUUCCGGAUUCCUGAAUGAUAUGAAUUUGCAAAAAGCUCAUUGCCACUGCUAGCUGUGUCCAAAGCCCUGUUCACCUUUGUGCUGAUUUUUUUUUUACAGUGGGUUUAUCUGGAGCUUACUCCUGAUUUAGAACGGUACUCCAAGCAGCACCUUGCCAGUGCAGUGGCUCACUUCUCUCUUCGCCAUAGUCGCUGCAGAGAAGGGGCCCCUCUAAGUGUUACGUGUGAGUGGACUUCUGCUGAAGCUGUGCAACUUCCCUGCCUCCUCCUCCUCCUCCUCUUCCUUUUCCUUCCCCCUGUAGUCCUCCAGACGUGCCCCAAAUCUGCUCUGAAGAAUCUCCCAACCCUCCGGAGUAGAUGUUCAGCAUAUGGGGGACUGCAGAGGGGAACAGAAAUCCGUUAAGCUAGCGUUUUCUGUUUUGCUAGCAGGUGAACUGCACUGGAUCCAAGCCUAAAUCAAUAAAACAAGUGAAGUAUUUAAGAGUUUAAAUUUCCAGGGUUUUAUAAACAGGACUAAGUGCCUUAUUUGUUCUUUCAAGAAUUUAUGGGUUGGGUUGUGUGUGUUUUUGGUGUGUGUUUGUGUGUUUCUGUGGUUCUUGAUUUUGUCCAGUUCACAUCUUCACAUAUGAGGCUUUCAGGAACCGUUUGAAGAAAAUGUUUCUCUCCCCCCCCCCCCCUCCAUACACACACUUCAGUAAUUAAAAAAAUCCUGGUGAUAUUUCACCAUCACUUCUUCUGCCACGACGAGAACCCGCAAGGAGCGCUCGCAGUGACAUGUACAGAGCAUUCCAUUUGUGACCUGCUUCAGACACACCGGACGUGAGAAUAAAAUCAAGUUCAAGAACCUGAGCGAGAGGACCUCAACUUGGAUUGAAUAAUCAUGCAGACAAGCCAGAUUGGAAAGGGAACAUCGGUCACCUUUUCCCCUUCACUCUGAAAUUCAAAUUAUUCCUUCCCGCCCACACCUCAACUUUGAUGUCAGAUUGCAGAUUGUAUAAUCAUUUUUUAAAAAAUAAAGCUCUUUCUCAAACAGAAGGUGAACCUGG